AUGGCAUCAUCGCAAACCACAGUCAUUGCGACUGCAACGGCUGCUGCAGUGGCGACCGGCCUCCUCGCCUACGCCGUCUACUUCGACCACGCACGAAGAAACAAGCCCGAGUUUAGGAGAAACCUGCGGCGCAACGAGCGCAAGCAGGUACGACAGGCAAAGGAGCACGCCGAGGUCGAGAGCCAGAACAGGCGUCACGAGGUCAAGGCCGCCGUGGACGAGGCCAGGGAAGAAGGCUUCCCCACGAGCGUGGAGGAGAAGGAAGCCUACUUCCUGGACCAAGUGACGAUGGGAGAACAGUUGGGCGCAGACCCAUCUCGCGCUCUCGAAGCAGCGCUGGCAUUUUAUAAGGGCCUUAAGGUGUACCCAACACCUGGAGACCUUAUUAACAUCUACGACAAAACGGUACCGAAGCCCAUCCUCGACCUGCUGGCAGAGAUGAUCGCAUACGACCCCAGUUUGAGGCUGGAAGGCAUGGCUAGCGCUGGCGGUGUGCCAGGAAUGCCUAACCUUGCCAACCUCGCCGACAUGCCCAACGUCGGCCUCGACUAA